GUUAGAGAUCCUAAAAGAAAUAGUAUGAAAACAAAAUAACCAUUAAUAAAAGAAACUAAAAAUGACAGAAACAAGAGAAAAUCAGAGGACAAGAACGAGCGCAUACAUAUUAAGAGACUUGCAGAGACCGUUCCGAUACGGAUCCGUACAUACAUCAGCCGUACCAAAAUACCGAUCCAGUAUUGAGCCACUCACUAACAAUGCGCUGAGUGAACAGUUCCACUUUCCCUCCUUUAGUCUUUUUUCCAAUGGCUGCUAUAAUUAUGUCUUAACCCCCAGCCCAUCCCUACGCUGGUAUCAGACGAACCGUCUGACUCGGCUUGGUUGGGCUGAGAAUUUUCAAUCGCAUACUUCAUACCAUCACUCCUCCUACUAUUAUUAUCACUCUCCCUAUCAACUAUCGCUAUCGCUAUCGUUAUCACCGACCUCCUUCGCUUUUCUAUACAUCACCACUCCAUAGCUAAGAAUUCCUUAAUUCAGAUAUUUAAUUGGAGCUUUUCGAUCCCAUCGACAAAGUUAAACAAUGAUGUUGACGUCCUCAUCCUCCGACUCCUCUUCCUGUUCCAACAGUCCCAUCUCGCAACAUCCUCACCCUCAGGCAUACUUCCCAUCUCUCCCUCGUCGGAGGGAACCUGCAAAAUGCCCUCGCUACUACUCAACUCCAUUGCGGUCUGAUUCCCCCGAAUCAACCCCCCUUCAAAUGUACGGCCUGGAACAGCGGGAGCCGUCGCUCUACGGGGACAGACCUUCCACGCUCCUGCGUCGAUUCUCCCACGCCCUCGACGACAUCAAAGAAGACUUCUCCCUUCAGCUGGACCCACGCAACACCACCGAGAAAAUCCGCAGCAAGCGUCGUCAGUCCACCCUGAUGCUGGACACCAGCGCCCCGGGUUCCCGCGCUGGCUCGAUCUCGGGAUCGGAGAGUCUAGCCGAAGCCCCGCGUGGCCGGCCUAUGUCGAUGAUGUCGACCGACAACAGCUUCAUUCCGCCGACACGGCGAUUGAGUCGGAGACUGACAUUGCUGGGCUUCCGGAAGAACCGGCUUCGCGGCGGCCAGGCGGCGAGUAUCUCGCAGCCGAGUCUGAUCGGAUCGUCGACUCAGAUGUAAACCUCAAGAACACAACAUAUAAACUCGCCAACCGACUCGCAAUCGAUAAUCAACCUACACUCCUUUUUCUUUUCUAAUCGCAUCUCGGGCCAUAUUCCAAGCAUUCCCAGCAUCAUUCCUUUACAUUGAAAAUUCUUGCGACUGUUUGACUGCAUUCUUCAUUGGAGUUCAGGAAAGGCGGGCGGUACCAUCCUUCGAUACCUUUCCAUCUUAAUAUCCGGCCAAAAGUCAUUCCUUAGCCUUUCCUUGUUAUUUUGUACCUAUUACCUAUAUCCUUUCCUUAACCUUUGCAUUAGCUUGGUGUUGGGUGUCUGCAUAUCCUCCAUGUCUUCUCUUUUUUACUUUUUUUUUUUUAAUUUUUCGCUUUAUCGUUUCCAUCUUGCGUUGCCCUUGCAUCGUACAUGCAUAUACAGGUGAUAUAUAUACACCUCAUCCAGAAGUAUAUAGGAUCGAAUUAUAUAUCACAUUUGACGAAAGAAUCACCAUUGAUCGC